GGCAGCAGCUAAACCACAAGAGCCUACGACUUGUCAAGAGGGUGCCAAUUAAAAAAGUGCUGCCUCGCACAUCGUCCGUCGGAGAGCUUAAUCCAUCACGAAUUGUCUUCUUCACAAGUGCAUCUGAAAGUUUUCAAGGCGGCUUGUAAAAGUCCAGCGCCACUCUCCACCAACCUGCCAAAGUUUUUGUGGAGCUCCAUUCAACACACCAGUGUCACCGAGGUAUAAAAGCAGCCACGGAGAAAACUGUCAUGAUGAGCAACAACUACAGCGAAGACCAGCCGCCUCCUCAGUACUACCAGGCCACUGACUUUGGAGAAGAAGAGGACGAGGAGAUGCCGGCCACAGAGAAGGAUCUGGCGGAGGACGCUCCGUGGAAGAAGAUCCAGCAGAACACCUUCACCAGGUGGUGCAAUGAGCAUCUCAAGUGCGUCAACAAGACCAUCACCGACCUGCAGAGGGAUUUUACCGACGGCCUCAAGCUCAUUUCGCUGCUGGAGGUCUUGAGCCAGAAGAAAAUGUACCGGAAGCAUCACAACAGGCCCAACUUCCGUCAGAUGAAACUGGAAAACGUGUCGGUUGCUCUGGAGUUCCUGGACAGGGAGCAUAUCAAACUUGUCUCUAUAGACAGCAAAGCCAUUGUGGAUGGGAAUCUCAAGCUGAUUUUGGGUCUCAUCUGGACUCUCAUCCUCCACUACUCCAUCUCCAUGCCAAUGUGGGACGACGAAGAUGACGAGGAGGCAAAGAAAAUGACACCAAAACAGCGCUUGCUGGGCUGGAUCCAAAACAAGGUGCCUCAGCUUCCGAUCAACAACUUCAAUAAGGACUGGAGGGACGGCAAAGCCCUCGGAGCUCUGGUGGACAACUGCGCUCCAGGUCUGUGUCCAGACUGGGCGGAGUGGGACCCAAACCAGCCCGUGGAGAAUGCCAGAGAAGCCAUGCAGCAAGCUGACGACUGGCUGGGUGUGCCUCAGGUGAUCGCACCUGAGGAGAUUGUGGACCCUGAUGUGGACGAGCACUCGGUGAUGACAUACCUGUCUCAGUUUCCCAAAGCAAAGUUGAAACCUGGCGCCCCUCUCAGGCCAAAACAGCUUUUCCCAAACAAAGCCAAAGCCUACGGACCUGGUAUCGAGCCCCAUGGAAACAAGGUGCUGCACCCAGCUGUGUUCACCGUGGAGACUCUGGAGGCAGGAAGUGGGGAGGUUCUGGUCUAUGUGGAGGAUCCAGAGGGGCACACAGAAGAGGCCAAAGUCAAACCCAACAAAGACAAAAGCCGAAGCUACACCGUAACUUAUGUCCCGAAGGUUGCUGGUCUGCAUAAGGUGAAAGUGCUGUUUGCUGGUCAAGACAUUGACAAGAGUCCUUACAUGGUCAACGUUGCAAAGGAUGUGGGUGACCCGAGCAAAGUCCAUGCCAGAGGCCCAGGUUUAGAACCCACAGGAAACGUGGCCAACAAACCCACCUACUUUGACAUCUAUACCGCCGGUGCUGGUAAUGGCGACGUCAGCGUGGUCAUCGUGGACCCACAGGGCAAGAAGGACACGGUGGAACUCAUCCUGGAGAACAAGGGCGACAGCGUUUUCCGCUGCACCUACCGUCCUGUGAUGGAGGGGCCACACACCAUCCACGUUCUGUUCGCAGGCCAGGAGAUCCCCAAGAGUCCUUUCGCUGUCAACAUCGCGGAGGCUAUGAACCCGAACGCCUGCAGAGCUACCGGCAGAGGCCUGCAGCCUAAAGGCGUGAGAGUAAAGGAGGUUGCAGACUUCAAAGUUUUCACCAAGGGAGCUGGCAGCGGAGCGCUGAGCGUCUCAGUCAAAGGACCAACUGGAGCACAGGAGCAGGUGAAAGUAAAGGAUGCAGGAAACGGCGUGUACGAAUGUGAAUAUUAUCCACUCAAGCCUGGCAAAUACAUCGUCACCAUCACUUGGGGAGGUCAACCAAUCCCUCGCAGCCCAUUUGAAGUGGAGGUGGGUAAAGAGGCAGGUUUCCAGAAGGUGCGAGCCUGGGGUCCGGGUCUGAAAACUGGCAUGGUGGGGAAAUCGGCCGACUUUGUCGUGGAGGCCAUUGGCACCGAUGUAGGGACUCUGGGAUUCUCCAUCGAGGGCCCAUCCCAAGCUAAAAUAGAGUGUGAUGACAAAGGGGACGGCUCCUGUGAUGUGCGCUAUUGGCCCACUGAGCCUGGCGACUACGCAGUCCAUGUCAUUUGUGAUGAUGAGGACAUCAAGGACAGUCCAUUCAUGGCUCACAUCCUCCCAGCAGCCAAUGACGUCUUCCCUGAGAAGGUGAAAGCCUUCGGUCCAGGACUGCAGCCAACAGGCGUCACCGUCAACAAACCCACUGAGUUCACCAUCGAUGCUCGCAUGGCUGGGAAGGGCCACCUGAAGAUCUACGCGCAGGAUGCUGAAGGCGGCAUCAUCGACAUUAGAAUCACCGACAAGGGAGACGGCACAUUCCUGUGCGUCUACACCCCUGCCAAGCCUAUUAAACACACUAUCAUCAUCACCUGGGGAGACGUCAACGUGCCUAACAGUCCCUUUAGGGUCCUGGUUGGAGAGGGAUGUCAUCCAGACAAAGUCAAGGUCUACGGGCCUGGAGUGGAGAAGACGGGGCUAAAGGCUAAUGAGCCCACGUACUUCACUGUGGACUGCAGCGAGGCCGGUCAAGGCGACAUCAGCAUUGGGAUCAAGUGCGCCCCAGGGGUGGUGGGCCCUGCUGAGGCAGACAUUGACUUUGACAUCAUUAAGAACGACAACGACACCUUCACUGUCAAGUACACGCCGCCCGCUGCAGGACGUUACACCAUCAUGGUGCUGUUUGCUGACCAGGAAAUUCCCACCAGUCCCUUCAAAGUCAAAGUGGACCCCUCCCACGAUGCUGGCAAAGUCAGAGCAGAAGGUCCUGGACUCAACAAGACAGGAGUGGAGGUGGGAACACCAACCCACUUCACCAUCUACACAAAGGGAGCAGGCAAGGCCAAGCCUGACGUGCAUUUCGCAGCACCAGGGCCAGGAGAGGCAGUUCGUGACUUUGAGAUCAUCGAUAACCACGACUACUCCUACACGGUCAAAUACACUGCGCUCAAGCAGGGUAACAUGGCUAUUUCAGUCACCCAUGGAGGAGAUCCGAUUCCCAAAAGCCCCUUCCAUAUUACUGUGGCCCCUCCUCUGGAUCUUGGAAAAGUGAAAGUAGAAGGUUUAGACACAAAGGUGGAGGUUGGAAAGGACCAGGAGUUCACAGUGAACGCCAAGGGUGCAGGUGGACUCGGGAACGUAGGUGUAAAAAUGACAUCACCCUCUGGUCGACCAAUCCCAUGCAAGAUGGAAUCAGACAAAGCCAAAGGAGUUCACAAUGUGAAGUAUAUUCCACCCGAGGAGGGACAGUACAAGGUUGAUGUCAGCUAUGAUGGCAAUCCAGUGAAAGGAAGCCCCUUCGGGUUGGAAGCUGUGAUGCCAGCUGAUCCAUCAAAGGUUCGUGCCUAUGGCCCCGGCCUGAAGGGCGGCGUUGUUGGCAAACCUGCUCCAUUCACCAUUGACACAAAGGGAGCUGGUGCUGGAGGGCUGGGUCUGACUGUGGAAGGUCCAUGUGAAGCUAAAAUCGAGUGCCAAGACAACGGCGAUGGCACCUGCUCAGUGGCCUACCUGCCCACCGAGCCUGGCGACUACGACAUUAACAUCCUGUUUGCAGAGAAGCACAUCCCUGGCUCGCCCUUCAAAGCCGCAGUACGCCCCGCCUUUGACCCCAGCAAGGUCACAGCAAGCGGUCCUGGCCUCGAGAGGGCCAAAGCGGGUGAGCCAGCCACGUUCACCGUGGACUGCACCCGAGCAGGCGACGGUGAGCUCUCGAUCGAGAUCGUCUCGGAGACCGGAGCAAAGGCUGAAGUGCACAUCCAGAAAACUGCAGAGGGAACUUUCUCUGUCACCUACAUCCCCCCUUUUCAUGGCACCCACACCAUCACUAUCAAGUACGGUGGGCACAUGAUCCCACAUUUCCCAAAGGUCCUGCAGGUCGAUCCGGCAUUGGACACCAGUGGAGUGCACGUUUAUGGCCCGGGAGUGGAACCAAGAGGUGUGCUGAGAGAAGUCACAACCCACUUCAUCGUUGACGCUCGUGCGCUCAACAAGGUGGGAGGUAGUCAUGUGAAGGUUCACAUCAUCAACCCCUCUGGCAGCAACACAGACGCCUACAUCACUGACAAGGGUGACGGCACCUACCGAGUGGAGUACACCGCAUUCGAGGACGGGAUGCAUCUGAUUGAGGCGUUGUACGAUGAUGUUCCCGUACCCAAGAGUCCCUUCAGAGUGUCAGUGGUGGAGGGAUGUGAUCCCACCCGAGUCCGAGCAUACGGCCCCGGCCUGGAGGGAGGAAUCACCAACAAACCCAAUUGCUUUACAGUGGAGACCAGGGGUGCCGGUACUGGUGGACUAGGUCUGACUAUAGAGGGAGCCUCUGAGUCCAAAAUAUUUUGCAAAGACAACAAAGAUGGCAGUUGCAGCGUGGAGUACGUCCCCUUCACUCCCGGAGACUACGAUGUAAACAUUAAUUACGGGGGUCACCCGAUUCCGGGGAGUCCAUUCCGGGUGCCGGUGAAGGACCCGGUAGACCCCAGCAAGGUGAAGUGUUCUGGUCCAGGACUUGGCUCUGGAGUGAGAGCACAUGUUCCCCAGGCCUUCACCGUUGAUUGCAAGCAAGCUGGGCAGGCGCCGCUGGACGUCAAACUGUUUGGACCCACAGGUGACAAGAACAAAGACAAUUCCAGCACAUUCUCUGAUUCAGUACAUGGAUUAAAUGUAUGUGUACACUUUGAAGGUAAUGUGGAGCCAGUUGGUGUUAAAAAUAAUGGGGAUGGAACACACACGGUUCACUACACCCCAGCACAGGAAGGACCUUACACAGUGGCUGUUAAAUAUGCCGACCAGCAGGUCCCUCACAGUCCAUUCAAGGUGAUGUCCCAGCCCGGGCAUGAUGCCAGCAAAGUGCGUGCCAGUGGCCCUGGUCUGGACACUAAAGGUGUCCCUGCGAGUCUUCCUGUUGAGUUCACCAUAGAUGCCCGGGACGCUGGGGAGGGGCUGCUGACAGUGCAGAUCCUGGAUCCAGAGGGAAAGCCAAAAAACGCAACCAUCCAGGACAACAGGGACGGUACCUACACGGUCUCCUAUGUCCCUGACUCAACCGGACCUUACACAAUCACCAUUAAAUAUGGAGGAGAUGAGAUCCCUUAUUCUCCCUAUCGUAUCCAGUCUGUGCCCACGGGAGAUGCCAGCAAAUGUCAAGUAACAGUGUCCAUCGGCGGCCAUGGUGUCUCAAAUCUCCAGAAGCUGCAAACCUCAGAGGACACAGUCAUCACAGUGGAUGCCAAAGCUGCAGGGAAAGGAAAGGUGACCUGUAAGGUCCUGACCCCACAGGGGAUGGAGGUGGACAUGGAUGUGGUGGAGAAUCAUGAUGGAACUUUUGACAUUUACUACACGGCCCCUGAACCCGGGAAGUAUGUUAUUACCAUCCGCUUUGGAGGACAGAACAUCCCCAAGAGCCCCUUCCAUGUGGUGGCCUCUAAUGAACCAGUCGUCCCGAGGGACACCGUGGACCCACUGUUUCGUCCUGUCAACUUCCUCGUCCCAUUCACCCCUCAGCAGGGAGAGAUUACAGGUGAGGUGCGCAUGCCCUCCGGCAAGACUGCCCGCCCUCAUAUCACUGACAACAAGGACGGCACCAUCACCAUCAAGUACCAGCCCACUGAGAGAGGCCUGCAUGAGAUGGACAUCAAAUAUGACGGAAACCACAUUCCAGGAAGCCCACUGCAGUUUUAUGUUGACGCAGUCAACAGCGGAGUGGUAACCGCCUACGGUCCUGGUCUGAGCUACGGCACAGUUAACAAGGCUGCAACUUUCACUGUGGUCACGAAGAAUGCAGGAGAAGGUGGUCUGUCCUUGGCAGUGGAGGGUCCCUCUAAAGCAGAGAUCACCUGCAAAGACAACAAAGACGGGACCUGCACCGUGUCCUACCUGCCCACGGCACCAGGAGACUACAACGUUAUUGUCAGGUUUGACAACAAGCACAUCGCAGGAAGUCCAUUCACUGCGAAAAUCACUGGCGAUGACGCCAUCACCAGGACGUCCCAGCUGAAUGUCGGAACAGCAGCUGACGUGUCCCUCAAGAUCGCAGAGACUGACCUAAGCUCUUUAACGGCCAGUAUCAGAGCUCCGUCUGGCAACGAAGAGCCCUGUUUGCUCAAGAGGCUUCCCAACAGACAUCUUGGUAUCUCCUUCACUCCCAAAGAGGUCGGUGAGCAUGAAGUGAGUGUCAGGAAGAACGGCAUACAUGUGGCGAACAGUCCUUUCAAAAUAAUGGUGGGACAGUCCGAGAUUGGAGAGGCCAGCAGAGUCAAGGCAUUCGGGAAAGGACUGGUGGAGGCACAUACUUUUGAAAUGGCCGAAUUCUUUGUUGACACAAGAAACGCAGGAUAUGGAGGAUUAGCUCUGUCAAUUGAAGGUCCGAGCAAGGUUGACAUCAACUGUGAGGAUAUGGAGGACGGAACUUGCCGGGUCACCUAUUGCCCAACAGAACCUGGAAACUACAACGUGAACAUAAAGUUUGCUGAAAAGCACAUUCCAGGAAGUCCUUUCACGGUGAAGGUGACUGGAGAAGGAAGAAUCAAAGAAAGCAUUACUAGAAAGAGGCAGGCGUCUUCAAUUGCAUCUGUGGGCAGCACAUGUGGACUUAACCUCAAAAUUCCAGGAAACUGGUUUCAGAUGGUGUCCGCUCAGGAGAGGCUGACUCGGACAUUUACCCGCAGCAGCCACACGUACACCCGAACUGAGCGCACAGAGAUUAGCAAAACGCGGGGAGGAGAGACAAAAAGGGAGGUGCGGGUGGAAGAGAGCACCCAGGUGGGAGGGAGGGGAAGCCCCUUCAGGGACGUCUUUGGUGACUUUCUGGGAAGGGAGAGCUUGAGCAGCUUUGCAGGGAUCACUGCCAGACCUGAAGGUGAGGCUGGCUCUCAGGCCAUGACCGCUCAAGUGACCAGUCCUGGAGGGAAGACGGUGGAUGCUGACAUCGUUGAUGGAGGGAACAGCACCUACAGUGUGCGCUUUAUCCCUCAGGAAAUGGGGCCCCAUACUGUUAAUGUGAAGUACAGAGGGCAGCAUGUCCCAGGCAGCCCCUUCCAGUUUACAGUGGGUCCUAUGGGAGAAGGAGGAGCACACAAAGUCAGAGCAGGAGGUCCUGGUUUGGCGAGAGGUGUUGCUGGGGCUCCAACUGAAUUUAGCAUAUGGACUAGAGAAGCUGGUGCUGGUGGGCUGUCCAUCGCAGUCGAGGGGCCAAGCAAGGCUGAAAUCUCAUUUGAGGACAGAAAAGAUGGCUCCUGUGGCGUCUCCUACAUCGUGAAAGAGCCAGGUGACUACGAGGUGUCCAUCAAGUUCAACAACGAACACAUCCCUGACAGCCCGUUCAUUGUUCCGAUCGCGACGCUGUCCGACGAGGCCCGCAGGCUCACCGUCACGAGCCUUCAGGAGAAGGAUUUGAAAGUGAGCCAAGAAGCGUCCUUCAUGGUGCAGAGGAACGGAGCUCGCGGUGUGGUGGAUGCCAAAGUCCACACACCGUCGGGCUCUUCUGAGGAGUGCUACGUCACCGACCUCGACAGUGAUAAAAGUUCCAUCCGCUUCAUCCCCCGGGAGAAUGGAGUUCACUCAAUAGAUGUCAAGUUCAAUGGCUGCCAUAUUCCAGGAAGCCCCUUUAAUGUGCGAGUCGGGGACCCGGGACUUAUUGGUGACCCAGGCAUGGUGACUGCACAUGGUCCGGGUCUGAAAGGAGGAACUACAGGGAUAGCCUUGGAAUUUGUAGUCAACACUUGCAACGCAGGCUCUGGCACCUUAUCUGUAAACAUCGACGGCCCAUCGAAGGUCAAGAUGGAUUGUUGCGAGUCUCCCGAAGGCUACAAAAUCACCUACAUGCCCAUGGCGCCCGGAAACUAUCUCAUCGCCAUCAAAUAUGGCGGGCCGCAGCACAUCGUGGGCAGUCCUUUCAAAGCCAAAGUCACAGGUGCCCGGCUCUCAGGUGGACACAGCCUCCAUGAGACAUCCUCAGUUUUGGUCGAGACGGUGACCAAGUCCUCUAAGGUGGGGGGCGCCUACAGCUCCACCUCUUCAGCCUCAAGCGCUUCCACCAAACUGGCAUCAGAUGCCAGCAAGGUGGUCUGCCGUGGACUGGGACUGAGCAAGGCUUCUGUGGGACAGAAAAACAAUUUCACGGUGGACUGCAGCAAAGCAGGUACCAACAUGCUGAUGGUGGGCGUGCACGGGCCUCACGCCCCCUGUGAGGAAGUGUACGUGAAGCACAUGGGCAACAAGCUCUACAACGUCACCUACACGGUCAAGGACAAGGGCAGCUACACGGUCAUUGUUAAAUGGGGUGAUGACAAUGUCCCUGGAAGCCCCUACAAAGUGUCCGCGCCCUGAGAUAAACUGCACCAGAGAUCCACCUCAUUCUCCUCUGCUGACCCCUGUCAUUUGCGCGCACCAGCCAAAGUCCAUAACUCACUGAGUUAACAGAUUACAAUUCACCCAUGCACUAAUUCCUGAAACUGAAUAACCAUAGAAUGUGCCAACGCUGUGUAUUAACUGGUAUUUCAGCACUGGUGUCACCCACCAGCGCUGAAAUACGUUCUCAGACGAUAACAUUUUUUGGUGUCACCAAAUAUGUGAAUGUUAAAACGGCUUAAUGAAGUGUUCUGAAUGGUUUUGUAUGCUUUGACUUUCUUUCUUAUAUUAACCUAUUUUGGUAAGUCUUUGCUUAAUAAAGAUUUCAUUGCUAAC